UGCUUAAAAAUCUAAGAAAUUUGAUUUAUUUUUUAUAAAAAAACAGUGAAUUUUGAAUUUAAAAAAAAAAAAAAAAAUAUUGAAAAAAUUUGCUAAAUUAUAGAUAAAUUGCCAAAAAACCUUUACAUUCUUAAUAAUUAAACAAAGAAAAAGAAUUUGAAAAUAGUUUUGCUUGAUUUCUAAAACGUGUGUUUUAUUUGCUUUGUAUUAUUGGAUUUUUACCUCCAGAAAGUGCGUGUUUCUGAGCAGUUAAUCAUUGGGAAAACAAGAAAAACCCAUAAAAAUAAAUAAAUAGAUUUUUAACUAAAAUAUUUUGCAUAUAUUUUUUUCUUCAACGUUCCAAAUACACAAUAACAACUAGAACUAAAAUAAAUAAAUAAAAUAUUUGUGUCUAUUUUGACUCACCAUGACUACCCGCGGUAUACGACGUAAAAAAUCCACUUUAACCGAAUUAAAAAUUGCGGUAGUUGGGGCUCCUAGUGUUGGCAAAAGUGCCCUUAUUGUACGUUUUUUAACCAAACGUUAUAUAGGUGAAUAUGAUCAUCAAACAGAAAAUCGAUAUAAACAUGAAGCCUUGGUCGAUGGGGAGCCAGUGUUAUUUGAAAUACUAGACACAUGUCCCAAGGCAGAAGAUGAAUUUCCCAAUGCCGGUGAACUGAUACAAUGGGCUGAUGGCCUGUUACUCGUCUAUUCCAUAACAGACCGCGGUAGCUUUAAUUAUAUACGUCGUGCCAAAUCAGAUCUGCAGUCUGAUACACCCGUGCAACUGGUGGCCAAUAAAGUGGAUAUGGUGCAUUUACGUCAAGUCAGUCGAGAUGAGGGAGAAAUCUUAUCCAAAGAUUUUGAUUGUAAAUUUAGUGAGGUCUCGGCGGCAGAUCAUGUGGACCAGGUGGCCGAAGUAUUUAAUGAUUUGUGCAAGGAAGUUAUAGCCUCGAAACGUAAAUCGAAACAGAGUUUGUUGGAGAGAAUGUUGGGCAGUUCAAGACCCUACAGUCGGGGGAAAAGUGAUAGUAAUUUGCCUAAAGAUUGAUUGAUGGAUUGAUUUAUGUUUUGAUUUGUUUUUUUUUCUUAAUUUAAAUUGUUUUUGUAUUUAUAAAUUAAUGUUAAUUCUUU